GUUUCCAUAUCCUUCUCCUCGCUUCACUUGGCUGCCCCUGAACUCACCAUUUCUGUUUUUCAACCACUCUAUUAUUGAGCUGUUGAACCAAAGCGUGAAGAUGGAGUCCCAAGCCGUUCACUCGCAUGGCCACGGGUACGAGCACGACCCGAACACGGGCGGGCUUCACUCCGUUGUGGAGGGUGAGGACCACCAUGAGAAGAAGUCGGUGCUGAAGAAGGUGAAGGCAAAGGCGAAGAAGCUGAAGGACACGAUCACUAAGCACGGCCACAACCACGACCACGACCGUCAUGAAGGCCACAUCCCGGACGAUCACGAUCUCGAUGAGGAAGACGAAGAGGCUGAGGAUGAGGAGGUGGUCGAGGACCCGGAUAUUCACGGUGCACCGAUGUACGAGUCUGCUGCCAUGAGGAGUGCUGUCCCUGGUCUCGGCUUGGAAAGGCCGACGGGAACAGAGGAGGCCCAGAACCUGGCAUUCCACACAAGCCAGGAACAUGCUGCCGGAGUAAUCAAGGCAGGUCAUGACCGUCCGAGGGCCGAGUAUGGAGGGACAAUGCCCAUUGACGAAGGUCUUAGGACGCCAGCAAAUACACCUCAAUCUCCUGUUCCUACUCACGGGACGGCUACCCGCGCAGCAGACCCGGCUAGGACUUUUCUCCAUGAGACGGCCGACCAAUCCAAGGUUAAUUUGACGAGGCCGGGAAGGCUGGAGGAGGACCCUGAUGCACCCAAGGACAGGGAGGAACUUUAUAAGCCUUCAAAUUAUCAGACCAAAGUCACGGAUCCGACUGGCUCGGGUGGUGAUGAAGUGAAAAUUGCUCCAGUUGAUCAGGCCUUCGGGGCUAUGCACAUUAGGGACGAGACCGAAACCAAACCAAACCAAAUUCCCACCACAUUGAUGGGAAGCCACGACCAGUUCUCCCCUGAAUCAAUCACCAAAGAGACUGAGAAGUUAUCGGCAUCCCGAGAGCCAGUCUGUGAGAGCCAUAGUGCUGCCGGAAUAUAUGAGGGCCCUCUGAAGGAUGAGAAACCGGUCCAAAUUCCCAGCGCAUCGACGGGAAGCCAUGACCAAUUCUCUCCUGGACCAAUCACCAAAGACACUGAGAAGUUAUCAGCAUCGCAAGAGCCGGUCCAUGAGAGCCAUAGUGCGGCCGGAACUGAGGGCACUCAGAAGGAUGAGAAACCAUCGAGCCCGAGCAGCUACACGGAGAAGAUAUCCUCUGCCACAGCAGCAGUUGCCGAUAAGGCCAUUGCAGCAAAGAAUAUCUUGACCUCAAAGCUCGGAUAUGGCACCAGUCCUGAAGGAGAUGUGAAGGAGGAUAAGUCGCCCGGCAAAUCACCGAGGCAAGGUGGUUAUGCUGAGAAGAUCACUUCCGCGACUCAUGUAAUUGCUGACAAAGCAGUCUCAGCGAAGAAUCUCGUGACCUCAAAGAUCGGCUAUGGCCAGAAAGAAGAUCAGGCCGCCCAUGAGAGCUCGGGCGUGACUGAGCACCCAGCUGAUAAGACAUCAGAACAGAGCAGUUACACUGGGAAGAUAGCUGCUGUUGGUGUGACAGCCAGAGAUGUUGUGGCAUCGAAGCUCGGCUAUGGGAAGAAGGACGAUGCGGCAUCUCACGAGAAGACAGAGCAGAUGAUUGGAGAAGGGUAUGCAGGGGGGACAACAUCUGCGACGGAGCAUAGGAAGAAAGGCUCGGUGCAGGACAAGGGAGUGUCGGUGAAGGAUUACUUGGCGGAGAAGUUGAAGCCCGGAGAGGAGGACAAGGCACUGUCAGAGGUGAUCUCGAGCGCCUUGGACAAGCGAAAGAAGACGGCGGACAAGCCCGCUGUAGUGACGGAAUCGGAUGAAGUGAGGAGACAUUUGGGAGAAGGCCAGCUCAGCAGCCCGGGGAAGGGCGUGGUCGAUAAGCUCAAAGGCGCUGUGGGAUCUUGGCUUGGGAAGAGUGGGGACCCUAAUGCUCCUCAGCAGUCUCAUGGCAGUGAAUCCGUUGCCACAGGUACAGAUGCUGCACGGGAGGAGCAAGGCGAUGAGCGGAGGCUUCAGGAGUCAAUGGGCUGAUCACCAGAGAGGUGAAACGUGCGAGCUUUUCAAUGGAAAAGAGCAAGUACUUUAUAUAUGUUUUAUUGGUGUGAGCGUGACCGUGUUGAUUAAGAGUUUCUGUGUUGCGUGAUGUCUUGAACUGUUUGUGAUCGGACGCAUAAGUUUGUUUAUACAAGGUUGAUGAUGUGAAUAAAUUCUUUUCGGAUCCUUGUGUCAUACAAGUCGAAAAUGUCG